AUGAAAGGAAACCAAAAAGACUCGUCGGAGAAAUGGGAUCGGAGCUCUUCAGGUGUAUCCAUGACCCGACCCGCUGGAAAACUAAUGAUCUGGAUCAUCCUCUUCAUCUCCGUCACUUACAUCAUCUACACUCUCAAAAUCGUCUCCACUUCACAACCUUGCGAAGAUCCAUCCUCCGAGACAAUUCUCCUACAGAAACCGGAGAAAAAGGCGGUUGUGGCUGCAUCGGAGGCGUCGGAAGCGGCGGAGCACGAGGCGACCGAUUUAAACAACGUGGUUUUCGGUGUAGCGGCGUCGUCGAAGCUGUGGAAACAGAGGAAAGAGUAUAUCAAGAUUUGGUACAAACCGAAAAAGAUGAGAGGCUACGUGUGGUUAGAUAAGGAGGUAAAGAUCAAAUCCGACGACGAGGGAGAUCAAGAAAACCUCCCGCCGGUAAGAAUCUCCGGCGACACGGCGUCGUUUCCUUACACGAACAAGCAAGGACACAGGUCAGCGAUUCGGAUCUCUCGUAUCGUUUCGGAGACGCUGAUGCAUAUGGAUGCUGAUGAGAAGAAGAGCGUGAGGUGGUUCGUGAUGGGUGACGACGACACUGUGUUCAUAACCGACAAUCUGAUUAGGGUUUUGAGGAAAUACGACCAUGAACAGAUGUAUUACAUUGGGAGCUUGUCGGAAUCUCAUUUGCAGAACAUUUUCUUUUCUUAUGGAAUGGCUUACGGUGGAGGAGGUUUCGCGAUUAGUUAUCCGUUGGCUGUGGCUUUGAGUAAGAUUCAGGAUCGGUGUAUACAGAGGUAUCCAGCUUUGUACGGUUCCGAUGAUCGUAUGCAAGCUUGUAUGGCGGAGCUUGGAGUUCCUUUGACUAAGGAGACAGGUUUUCAUCAAUAUGACGUUUAUGGGAACUUAUUCGGUCUCCUUGCUGCUCAUCCGGUAACACCGUUUGUAUCAAUGCACCAUCUCGAUGUGGUGGAACCGAUCUUCCCGAACAUGACCCGAGUUCGUGCCAUCAAGAAACUAACCAUUCCAAUGAAGCUCGACUCGGCCGGGCUACUCCAGCAAUCAAUAUGCUACGACAAGCACAAAAGCUGGACGAUCUCCGUCUCGUGGGGAUACGCGGUCCAAGUGUUCCGCGGAUCGUUCUCUCCCCGGGAGAUGGAAAUGCCUUCAAGAACUUUCUAUAAUUGGUACAAGAAAGAUGAUUACACCGCCUACGCAUUCAACACAAGGCCCGUGAGUCGCAACCCGUGCCAAAAACCGUUUGUUUUUCACAUGUCGAAUGUGAAGUUCGACCUGAAACUGAACACGACUGUUAGCGUGUACACGAGGCAUCGUGUUCCACAUCCGGCUUGCAAGUGGGAUAUGGCUAACCCGGAGGAGAUCAACACUAUAGUCGUCUACAAAAAACCGGACCCUCAUCUAUGGGAUAGGUCACCAAGAAGGAAUUGUUGCAGAGUAUUACAAACAAAGAGGAAUAAUACAUUUUGGAUCAAUGUUGGUGUAUGUAGAGCAGGUGAAGUUACUGAAGUUAAGUAG